AUGAUUCGACAAUCGUACCCGAUCGUGUUGUUAGUCGGCGUAUUUGCCAUCGUUUGGGCUCUUCCUCAGCAAUCCAAGUCCAGGAGACCCGUUCCAGAAUUCAAGAAUAAAACCGGUGGCUUGGAACUGCCGAACAACGCGACGCUCAUCCGGGAGAACAUCGUGGACAAUUUCUCGUGCCAGGACAGGAUCUACGGAUACUACGCCGACAUGGAGAACGACUGCCAAGUCUUCCACGUCUGCAUGCCGCAGGCUAGGGGCUCGACCAGAUGGAGCUUCAUUUGUCCAGCUGAAACGGUCUUCAAUCAGGCCACGUUCGUUUGCACGCUAACGGAAAAUUCGAUACCUUGCGAGGAGUCUGAGAGCUUUUACAAUUUGAACGAGGCGAUCGGCAAAGAAGUGGAAGAGGAAGAAAGCGAUAUGGAACAUGCGACGAAGGAAUCGGAUGCCGUGGAGCCGAUUUCGAGCAAACCGCCGGUCAGGACCUCGAGGAUUUUAAACAGGAAGAAGUCGUUGCGAGCCUCGUCGUGAUAGAAGAGU